AUGCCUAUGUCAUAUGACGUGGAUGAACCUGAGUGGUGGCCGUACCUGAAAAUCGCCCGGAAUAAAGACAACUAUGAGGACGACAUUCAGGAAUUGGAGAACUAUACCGGCUUAUUCGAAUUCAAUGUCUGCACCCCUCCUUGGCUUGCACCCGAAGGGAACACAUUUAGUAUCGUGCCCCCGCGGUACAAGAUAUGUGGAACUUGCGACCUUCCUCCUGGGUAUAGUCUGGCAUACGUUCCGUUGCACGCCUUGGUAGAGCCACUGUCGUCGGCGGAGCGACUUCACUGCAAUGGCCAGGAUUCACAAAAUCUAUCUUCGACUUAUAGCUUUGGGCCACCGCUGAUUGCGCUCAUUCAGAUACUCUAUGCCUCCGUCACUAUAUAUCAGUCGCGCGGUCACCAAGUAGACACAUAUGGAUACGCUGCUUUUGGAUUUACCGUUGUGCCAUAUCUGAUCAUGUCGGUUGUUAAUCUCCUUGGCAAUAUGGCUACUCACAGCUACCCAUCAGUUUAUCUUGUUCAUACUGAACUGAUGGAUGAAGCUAGUAGCCGCGGAGGUACCUUUGCUGGCGCGGUUGGAACACUCAAAAGCGAGCCACUCCCCGUAAACGAUAAGUUCGUUUUUUCGGGCACAUGUCAACGUCGCCAAGGGUAUUUGUGGGAGUUUGAUUUGGGAAGAAUGUUUCGCCCUGGCGAAAUCGAACCGUACGAGCAACCAAAAGUGGCAUAG